AUGAGAGCUUUUAGCCUAUUUUAUUCCCUACUACUACUACUAGUAGCUUCCUCAUCAACAUUUUUCAAGCCUGCCUUUGCAGCUUUUACACCGCCAUCAGAUUAUUAUGACUACACGCAAAGUUAUAGAUAUACAAUAGUGCCACUACUGCAGUGUUUCGGGCAAGCUUCGGAGUACCUGAUCUCGCAGUUUGGAAUUACCGAUAGACCCAAAGGAGGUACCAUACUUACAGGAGCACCAACAGCCGACUUCCAAGUGUUGGACGUUCAAAAUGUCGGCAAUGGCUACUUUAAAGUGGCAAUUUCUUUUGAAGUGUUGGGAGGUACCACAUCCUUAGAUAUAAUUGGAGGUAUUACAAUUAGCAUCAACAAUUUGGGAAGAGGCUACGCCAAUUCAAUCACCAUCAAGGGAAGCGGCAGCAAAUAUAAUUUUAAAGACACGUACAAGUUUACUACCUCGAUAUUAGUCCAAGCAUCAUCUCACAAUGGUAUGUACUGUAUGCCAGACUCAUUCAACAUCUACUACCAGGCCCAAGGUAGUGGUCUUUUGGCCCUUAUUCUCAAGCAAACGUACACUUGGACAUUAAACCAAAAUUUCGAUAAUCCAUCAAGAUCGACAUCCAACACCGUUGUACCGAAUUUCUGUUGGAUAGCACCAACCUGCCAAUCAACAACCACCUCUUUCUGGCGAAACUUUUACACUUCAACAACAACCAUCACCAAUGGAGCGGGUUUAGGCACAAACUUGGUCGCUGUUCAGUAUCCAAGCAACAGCGUCGUUACAACAAGUGUGUUUGGAACAAAGGCAACAACGUCAACAGUCACCCAAGCUCCGGGCCAGACCAACACCGUUGUUCAAGUCUAUCCUCCAAACCCUACCAGCACCACCACCGUCUUUUGGAAUGGGAACUCAGUAAGCACGUCAACUGUAACUCAAGGUCCCAAUGGUCGUGACAGUGUCAUUGUCGCAUAUCCCGCCAACAGUGUCACGACAAUUGCGCAAUUCUGGACAGGCAAAACCACAUCAACUUCUUCAGUCACAUACGGGCCAAACUCGUUGAAUGAAGUAUAUAUCUAUUACCCUUCAAAUCCAACAACCACAGUAACGGCGUUUUGGACUGGCGAGGCUCCAUAUACGACUACUCAGACUUAUGGACCGCAAUCGCUCGAUAGGGUAAAUGUCUACUACCCACCGAAUCCAACCACUACGUUGUCGUCAUUCUGGAGGCUAAGAUACACAUCGACAUCCACCCUACUCCGAGGUCCCAACCAGACGGAUGAGAAGCAUAUAUACUAUCCGCUGAACCCGACCGCAACCACUUCGAGUUUUUGGACGGGUACCAGAUUGACCACAACGACCCAGACGUAUGGUCCAAACUCCAAAGACGAGGUUAUCAUUUUGUAUCCACUGAACCCUACUACUACGGUGUCGGCGUUCUGGACAGGCACGGAGGCAUCGACGCUGACUCAGACUAAGGGACCAAAUGGGUUAGACCAAGUUGAGAUAUUCUACCCGCUGAACCCAACCACGACUAUCUCGGCGUUCUGGACGGGCGCAGAAGACUUUACCUCUACUCAGACCUACGGACCAAAUUCCAGAGACGAGGUUUACAUCUUCCAUCCGCUGAACCCAACAACCGUGUAUUCCGCAUUUUGGACUGGAGACUAUGUUUCCACUUCUACUCAGACGUUUGGGCCAAAGAAUCACGAUGAGAUCCACGUGUUUUACCCACUGAACCCAACCACGACUAUCUCGGCGUUCUGGACGGGCGCAGAAGACUUUACCUCUACUCAGACCUACGGACCAAAUUCCAGAGACGAGGUUUACAUCUUCCAUCCGCUGAACCCUACUACUACGGUGUCGGCGUUCUGGACAGGCACGGAGGCGUCGACGCUGACUCAGACUAAGGGACCAAACGGGUUAGACCAAGUUGAGAUAUUCUACCCGCUGAACCCAACCACGACUAUCUCGGCGUUCUGGACGGGCGCAGAAGACUUUACCUCUACCCAGACCUACGGACCAAAUUCCAGAGACGAGGUUUACAUCUUCCAUCCGCUGAACCCAACAACCGUGUAUUCCGCAUUUUGGACUGGAGACUAUGUUUCCACUUCUACUCAGACGUUUGGGCCAAAGAAUCACGAUGAGAUCCACGUGUUUUACCCACUGAACCCAACCACGACUAUCUCGGCGUUCUGGACGGGCGCAGAAGACUUUACCUCUACUCAGACCUACGGACCAAAUUCCAGAGACGAGGUUUACAUCUUCCAUCCGCUGAACCCUACUACUACGGUGUCGGCGUUCUGGACAGGCACGGAGGCGUCGACGCUGACUCAGACUAAGGGACCAAACGGGUUAGACCAAGUUGAGAUAUUCUACCCGCUGAACCCAACCACGACUAUCUCGGCGUUCUGGACGGGCGCAGAAGACUUUACCUCUACCCAGACCUACGGACCAAAUUCCAGAGACGAGGUUUACAUCUUCCAUCCACUGAACCCUACUACUACGGUGUCGGCGUUCUGGACAGGCACGGAGGCGUCGACGCUGACUCAGACUAAGGGACCAAAUGGGUUAGACCAAGUUGAGAUAUUCUACCCGCUGAACCCAACCACGACUAUCUCGGCGUUCUGGACGGGCGCAGAAGACUUUACCUCUACCCAGACCUACGGACCAAAUUCCAGAGACGAGGUUUACAUCUUCCAUCCGCUGAACCCAACAACCGUGUAUUCCGCAUUUUGGACUGGAGACUAUGUUUCCACUUCUACUCAGACGUUUGGGCCAAAGAAUCACGAUGAGAUCCACGUGUUUUACCCACUGAACCCAACCACGACUAUCUCGGCGUUCUGGACGGGCGCAGAAGACUUUACCUCUACUCAGACCUACGGACCAAAUUCCAGAGACGAGGUUUACAUCUUCCAUCCGCUGAACCCUACUACUACGGUGUCGGCGUUCUGGACAGGCACGGAGGCGUCGACGCUGACUCAGACUAAGGGACCAAACGGGUUAGACCAAGUUGAGAUAUUCUACCCGCUGAACCCAACCACGACUAUCUCGGCGUUCUGGACGGGCGCAGAAGACUUUACCUCUACCCAGACCUACGGACCAAAUUCCAGAGACGAGGUUUACAUCUUCCAUCCGCUGAAUCCAAGCACUGCCGUCUUUAGUUCAGAGACUGGUUAUGAAUCAGAGUUGUCCAUGGAAACAUCACUUUGGGAAAGCGAAUAUCCAUCAGAGACAUUAAUAACACCCAGUUCGUUCUCAGCCAGUCUGACUUCGGUACAGACUACUUUGCCAACCAACCAGGUCGUCCCUGAAGAUCCCUUCGAAUUAAAUGCUAAGAUGGAGAACAAUGUGAUCAAAUUUGAGACCAAUGGAACCCACAUCACGCAUUUAAAUGGUGAAAUUGUGACGUUUACUAUUAACGAUGGGUAUCUACAUGUCGGCAACCGUUAUGUCCAGAUUGGACUCAACGGCAUACUUUUGAUCGUCGAAAAAGACGAAGCUACUAUAGGUUGGGGAAUGGAGUAUAAUGUCCUUACAUUUGAAACAACGCAGAGACGCCGACGCAGCAUCACGAAAAGAAAUGCGCCGGUUGUAUUUUCUUUGUGUCCCGCUGAAUUUGGAUUUGUCGUCUAUUUUGGUGAGUACACCGCAUGUUUUCCUUUGGAAGUUGUUGCCGACAAUGUCGUGGCUCCACGAGCGGAAACAGAACUGGCUGAGAUUGUCGAAAGUCUUACAGAAAGUUUCCACGGAGACUCUGCCCUGGACUGGACAUUUGAGACUGCGGGCUAUACAGACUGGGGGACCGAGUCGCAUAACGGGGAUACGAAGAUCCGAACAAGAAAUUGGGAAUCAGGCACUGAGACCGAAACGGCCAAGACCAAGAAGACCAAGUCGACGAAGACCAAGAAGGGUUCGUCAUCGCAUGUGGCCAGUGGUACAGUAGACUGGGAGACCGAAACUGGUAAGUGGGAGUCGGGAACCGAGACCGAAACUAGACACUGGGAGUCAGGCACUGAGACCGAAACUAGACACUGGGAGUCAGGCACUGAGACCGAGACGGCCAAGACCAAGAAAACGAAGACCAAGAAGACCAAGUCGACGAAGACCGAGGAAGGUUCGUCAUCGCAUGUGGCCAGUGGUACAGUAGACUGGGAGACCGAAACUGGUAAGUGGGAGUCGGGAACCGAGACCGAAACCAGACACUGGGAAUCAGGAACUGAGACCGAAACGGCCAAGACCAAGAAGACCAAGUCGACGAAGACCAAGAAGGGUUCGUCAUCGCAUGUGGCCAGUGGUACAGUAGACUGGGAGACCGAAACUGGUAAGUGGGAGUCGGGAACCGAGACCGAAACCAGACACUGGGAAUCAGGAACUGAGACCGAAACGGCCAAGACCAAGAAGACCAAGUCGACGAAGACCAAGAAGGGUUCGUCAUCGCAUGUGGCCAGUGGUACAGUAGACUGGGAGACCGAAACUGGUAAGUGGGAGUCGGGAACCGAGACCGAAACCAGACACUGGGAAUCAGGCACUGAGACCGAAACGGCCAAGACCAAGAAGACCAAGUCGACGAAGACCAAGAAGGGUUCGUCAUCGCAUGUGGCCAGUGGUACAGUAGACUGGGAGACCGAAACUGGUAAGUGGGAGUCGGGAACCGAGACCGAAACUAGACACUGGGAGUCAGGCACUGAGACCGAAACUAGACACUGGGAGUCAGGCACUGAGACCGAGACGGCCAAGACCAAGAAAACGAAGACCAAGAAGACCAAGUCGACGAAGACCGAGGAAGGUUCGUCAUCGCAUGUGGCCAGUGGUACAGUAGACUGGGAGACCGAAACUGGUAAGUGGGAGUCGGGAACCGAGACCGAAACCAGACACUGGGAAUCAGGAACUGAGACCGAAACGGCCAAGACCAAGAAGACCAAGUCGACGAAGACCAAGAAGGGUUCGUCAUCGCAUGUGGCCAGUGGUACAGUAGACUGGGAGACCGAAACUGGUAAGUGGGAGUCGGGAACCGAGACCGAAACCAGACACUGGGAAUCAGGAACUGAGACCGAAACGGCCAAGACCAAGAAGACCAAGUCGACGAAGACCAAGAAGGGUUCGUCAUCGCAUGUGGCCAGUGGUACAGUAGACUGGGAGACCGAAACUGGUAAGUGGGAGUCGGGAACCGAGACCGAAACCAGACACUGGGAAUCAGGAACUGAGACCGAAACGGCCAAGACCAAGAAGACCAAGUCGACGAAGACCAAGAAGGGUUCGUCAUCGCAUGUGGCCAGUGGUACAGUAGACUGGGAGACCGAAACUGGUAAGUGGGAGUCGGGAACCGACACCGAAACUAGACACUGGGAGUCAGGCACUGAGACCGAAACUAGACACUGGGAGUCAGGCACUGAGACCGAGACGGCCAAGACCAAGAAAACGAAGACCAAGAAGACCAAGUCGACGAAGACCGAGGAAGGUUCGUCAUCGCAUGUGGCCAGUGGUACAGUAGACUGGGAGACCGAAACUGGUAAGUGGGAAUCGGGAACCGAGACCGAAACCAGACACUGGGAGUCAGGAACCGGAACCGAAACUAGACACUGGGAGUCAGGCACUGAGACCGAGACGGCCAAGACCAAGAAGACCAAGUCGACGAAGACCAAGAAGGGUUCGUCAUCGCAUGUGGCCAGUGGUACAGUAGACUGGGAGACCGAAACUGGUAAGUGGGAGUCGGGAACCGAGACCGAAACCAGACACUGGGAAUCAGGAACUGAGACCGAAACGGCCAAGACCAAGAAGACCAAGUCGACGAAGACCAAGAAGGGUUCGUCAUCGCAUGUGGCCAGUGGUACAGUAGACUGGGAGACCGAAACUGGUAAGUGGGAGUCGGGAACCGACACCGAAACUAGACACUGGGAGUCAGGCACUGAGACCGAGACGGCCAAGACCAAGAAAACGAAGACCAAGAAGACCAAGUCGACGAAGACCGAGGAAGGUUCGUCAUCGCAUGUGGCCAGUGGUACAGUAGACUGGGAGACCGAAACUGGUAAGUGGGAAUCGGGAACCGAGACCGAAACCAGACACUGGGAGUCAGGAACCGGAACCGAAACUAGACACUGGGAGUCAGGCACUGAGACCGAGACGGCCAAGACCAAGAAGACCAAGUCGACGAAGACCAAGAAGGGUUCGUCAUCGCAUGUGGCCAGUGGUACAGUAGACUGGGAGACCGAAACUGGUAAGUGGGAGUCGGGAACCGAGACCGAAACCAGACACUGGGAAUCAGGAACUGAGACCGAAACGGCCAAGACCAAGAAGACCAAGUCGACGAAGACCAAGAAGGGUUCGUCAUCGCAUGUGGCCAGUGGUACAGUAGACUGGGAGACCGAAACUGGUAAGUGGGAGUCGGGAACCGAGACUGAAACCAGACACUGGGAGUCAGGAACCGGAACCGAAACUAGACACUGGGAGUCAGGCACUGAGACCGAGACGGCCAAGACCAAGAAGACCAAGUCGACGAAGACCAAGAAGGGUUCGUCAUCGCAUGUGGCCAGUGGUACAGUAGACUGGGAGACCGAAACUGGUAAGUGGGAGUCGGGAACCGAGACCGAAACCAGACACUGGGAGUCAGGAACCGGAACCGAAACUAGACACUGGGAGUCAGGCACUGAGACCGAGACGGCCAAGACCAAGAAAACGAAGACCAAGAAGACCAAGUCGACGAAGACCAAGGAAGGUUCGUCAUCGCAUGUGGCCAGUGGUACAGUAGACUGGGAGACCGAAACUGGUAAGUGGGAGUCGGGAACCGAGACCGAAACUAGACACUGGGAGUCAGGAACCGGAACCGAAACUAGACACUGGGAGUCAGGCACUGAGACCGAGACGGCCAAGACCAAGAAGACCAAGUCGACGAAGACCAAGAAGGGUUCGUCAUCGCAUGUGGCCAGUGGUACAGUAGACUGGGAGACCGAAACUGGUAAGUGGGAGUCGGGAACCGAGACCGAAACUAGACACUGGGAGUCAGGCACUGAGACCGAAACUAGACACUGGGAGUCAGGCACUGAGACCGAGACGGCCAAGACCAAGAAAACGAAGACCAAGAAGACCAAGUCGACGAAGACCGAGGAAGGUUCGUCAUCGCAUGUGGCCAGUGGUACAGUAGACUGGGAGACCGAAACUGGUAAGUGGGAAUCGGGAACCGAGACCGAAACCAGACACUGGGAGUCAGGCACUGAGACCGAAACUAGACACUGGGAGUCAGGCACUGAGACCGAGACGGCCAAGACCAAGAAAACGAAGACCAAGAAGACCAAGUCGACGAAGACCGAGGAAGGUUCGUCAUCGCAUGUGGCCAGUGGUACAGUAGACUGGGAGACCGAAACUGGUAAGUGGGAAUCGGGAACCGAGACCGAAACCAGACACUGGGAGUCAGGAACCGGAACCGAAACUAGACACUGGGAGUCAGGCACUGAGACCGAAACUAGACACUGGGAGUCAGGCACUGAGACCGAGACGGCCAAGACCAAGAAAACAAAGACCAAGAAGACCAAGUCGACGAAGACCAAGGAAGGUUCGUCAUCGCAUGUGGCCAGUGGUACAGUAGACUGGGAGACCGAAACUGGUAAGUGGGAGUCGGGAACCGAGACCGAAACUAGACACUGGGAGUCAGGAACCGGAACCGAAACUAGACACUGGGAGUCAGGCACUGAGACCGAGACGGCCAAGACCAAGAAGACCAAGUCGACGAAGACCAAGAAGGGUUCGUCAUCGCAUGUGGCCAGUGGUACAGUAGACUGGGAGACCGAAACUGGUAAGUGGGAGUCGGGAACCGAGACCGAAACUAGACACUGGGAGUCAGGAACCGGAACCGAAACUAGACACUGGGAGUCAGGCACUGAGACCGAGACGGCCAAGACCAAGAAGACCAAGUCGACGAAGACCAAGAAGGGUUCGUCAUCGCAUGUGGCCAGUGGUACAGUAGACUGGGAGACCGAAACUGGUAAGUGGGAGUCGGGAACCGAGACCGAAACCAGACACUGGGAGUCAGGAACCGGAACCGAAACUAGACACUGGGAGUCAGGCACUGAGACCGAGACGGCCAAGACCAAGAAAACGAAGACCAAGAAGACCAAGUCGACGAAGACCAAGGAAGGUUCGUCAUCGCAUGUGGCCAGUGGUACAGUAGACUGGGAGACCGAAACUGGUAAGUGGGAGUCGGGAACCGAGACCGAAACUAGACACUGGGAGUCAGGCAGUGAGACCGAAACUAGACACUGGGAGUCAGGCACUGAGACCGAGACGGCCAAGACCAAGAAAACGAAGACCAAGAAGACCAAGUCGACGAAGACCGAGGAAGGUUCGUCAUCGCAUGUGGCCAGUGGUACAGUAGACUGGGAGACCGAAACUGGUAAGUGGGAGUCGGGAACCGAGACUGAAACCAGACACUGGGAGUCAGGAACCGGAACCGAAACUAGACACUGGGAGUCAGGCACUGAGACCGAAACGGCCAAGACCAAGAAGACCAAGUCGACGAAGACCGAGGAAGGUUCGUCAUCGCAUGUGGCCAGUGGUACAGUAGACUGGGAGACCGAAACUGGUAAGUGGGAGUCGGGAACCGAGACCGAAACCAGACACUGGGAGUCAGGAACCGGAACCGAAACUAGACACUGGGAGUCAGGCACUGAGACCGAGACGGCCAAGACCAAGAAAACGAAGACCAAGAAGACCAAGUCGACGAAGACCAAGGAAGGUUCGUCAUCGCAUGUGGCCAGUGGUACAGUAGACUGGGAGACCGAAACUGGUAAGUGGGAGUCGGGAACCGAGACCGAAACUAGACACUGGGAGUCAGGAACCGGAACCGAAACUAGACACUGGGAGUCAGGCACUGAGACCGAGACGGCCAAGACCAAGAAGACCAAGUCGACGAAGACCAAGAAGGGUUCGUCAUCGCAUGUGGCCAGUGGUACAGUAGACUGGGAGACCGAAACUGGUAAGUGGGAGUCGGGAACCGAGACCGAAACCAGACACUGGGAGUCAGGAACCGGAACCGAAACUAGACACUGGGAGUCAGGCACUGAGACCGAGACGGCCAAGACCAAGAAGACCAAGUCGACGAAGACCAAGAAGGGUUCGUCAUCGCAUGUGGCCAGUGGUACAGUAGACUGGGAGACCGAAACUGGUAAGUGGGAGUCGGGAACCGAGACCGAAACCAGACACUGGGAGUCAGGAACCGGAACCGAAACUAGACACUGGGAGUCAGGCACUGAGACCGAAACUAGACACUGGGAGUCAGGCACUGAGACCGAGACUGCCAAGACCAAGAAAACGAAGACCAAUAAGACCAAGUCGACGAAGACCAAGGAAGGUUCGUCAUCGCAUGUGGCCAGUGGUACAGUAGACUGGGAGACGGAAACUGGUAAGUGGGAGUCAGGUAGCGAGACCUCUAACGUAAAAGUGUCUACCAAGUCUGGAUCAGGAGAAGGUGAAACCGAGACAUUGGUCGAACCAUCGGAGACUAUAGAGUGGAGCACAUCGAUUGCUGGGGGCUCGUCUGAAUUCGUUUCGUCUACGAGGUCAGGAUCAGGCUCUGGAGAAGGUGAAACCGAGACAUUGGUCGAACCAUCCGAGACCGUUGACAUUAACUCGUCUACAAGGUCAGGCUCAGGCUCUGGAGAAGGUGAAACCGAGACCGUUGACAUUAACUCGUCUACAAGAACAGGCUCAGGCUCAGGAGAAGGUGAAACCGAGACCGUUGACAUUAACUCGUCUACAAGAACAGGCUCAGGUUCUGGAGAAGGUGAAACCGAGACCGUUGACAUUAACUCGUCUACGAGGUCAGGAUCAGGCUCUGGAGAAGGUGAAACCGAGACAUUGGUCGAACCAUCCGAGACAGUUGACAUUAACUCGUCUACAAGGUCAGGCUCAGGCUCAGGAGAAGGUGAAACCGAGACCGUUGACAUUAACUCGUCUACAAGAACAGGCUCAGGCUCAGGAGAAGGUGAAACCGAGACCGUUGACAUUAACUCGUCUACAAGAACAGGCUCAGGCUCAGGAGAAGGUGAAACCGAGACCGUUGACAUUAACUCGUCUACAAGAACAGGCUCAGGCUCAGGAGAAGGUGAAACCGAGACAUUGGUCGAACCAUCCGAGACCGUUGACAUUAACUCGUCUACAAGGUCAGGCUCAGGCUCUGGAGAAGGUGAAACCGAGACCGUUGACAUUAACUCGUCUACAAGAACAGGCUCAGGCUCAGGAGAAGGUGAAACCGAGACAUUGGUCGAACCAUCCGAGACCGUUGACAUUAACUCGUCUACAAGGUCAGGCUCAGGCUCUGGAGAAGGUGAAACCGAGACCGUUGACAUUAACUCGUCUACAAGAACAGGCUCAGGCUCAGGAGAAGGUGAAACCGAGACAUUGGUCGAACCAUCGGAGACUAUAGAGUGGAGCACAUCGAUUGCUGGAGGCUCGUCUGAAUUCGUUUCGUCUACGAGGUCAGGAUCAGGCUCUGGAGAAGGUGAAACCGAGACAUUGGUCGAACCAUCCGAGACCGUUGACAUUAACUCGUCUACAAGGUCAGGCUCAGGUUCUGGAGAAGGUGAAACCGAGACCGUUGACAUUAACUCGUCUACAAGAACAGGCUCAGGCUCAGGAGAAGGUGAAACCGAGACCGUUGACAUUAACUCGUCUACAAGAACAGGCUCAGGCUCAGGAGAAGGUGAAACCGAGACCGUUGACAUUAACUCGUCUACAAGAACAGGCUCAGGCUCAGGAGAAGGUGAAACCGAGACCGUUGACAUUAACUCGUCUACAAGAACAGGCUCAGGCUCAGGCGAAGGUGAAACCGAGACCGUUGACAUUAACUCGUCUACAAGAACAGGCUCAGGCUCAGGAGAAGGUGAAACCGAGACCGUUGACAUUAACUCGUCUACAAGAACAGGCUCAGGCUCUGGAGAAGGUGAAACCGAGACAUUGGUCGAACCAUCGGAGACUAUAGAGUGGAGCACAUCGAUUGCUGGGGGCUCGUCUGAAUUCGUUUCGUCUACGAGGUCAGGAUCAGGCUCUGGAGAAGGUGAAACCGAGACCGUUGACAUUAACUCGUCUACAAGAACAGGCUCAGGCUCAGGAGAAGGUGAAACCGAGACCGUUGACAUUAACUCGUCUACAAGAACAGGCUCAGGCUCAGGAGAAGGUGAAACCGAGACCGUUGACAUUAACUCGUCUACAAGAACAGGCUCAGGCUCAGGAGAAGGUGAAACCGAGACCGUUGACAUUAACUCGUCUACAAGAACAGGCUCAGGCUCUGGAGAAGGUGAAACCGAGACAUUGGUCGAACCAUCCGAGACCGUUGACAUUAACUCGUCUACAAGGUCAGGCUCAGGCUCUGGAGAAGGUGAAACCGAGACCGUUGACAUUAACUCGUCUACAAGAACAGGCUCAGGCUCAGGCCAAGGUGAAACCGAGACCGUUGACAUUAACUCGUCUACAAGAACAGGCUCAGGCUCAGGAGAAGGUGAAACCGAGACAUUGGUCGAACCAUCGGAGACUAUAGAGUGGAGCACAUCGAUUGCUGGGGGCUCGUCUGAAUUCGUUUCGUCUACGAGGUCAGGAUCAGGCUCUGGAGAAGGUGAAACCGAGACAUUGGUCGAACCAUCCGAGACCGUUGACAUUAACUCGUCUACAAGGUCAGGCUCAGGCUCUGGAGAAGGUGAAACCGAGACAUUGGUCGAACCAUCCGAGACCGUUGACAUUAACUCGUCUACAAGAACAGGCUCAGGCUCAGGAGAAGGUGAAACCGAGACAUUGGUCGAACCAUCCGAGACCGUUGACAUUAACUCGUCUACAAGGUCAGGCUCAGGCUCUGGAGAAGGUGAAACCGAGACCGUUGACAUUAACUCGUCUACAAGAACAGGCUCAGGUUCUGGAGAAGGUGAAACCGAGACCGUUGACAUUAACUCGUCUACGAGGUCAGGAUCAGGCUCUGGAGAAGGUGAAACCGAGACAUUGGUCGAACCAUCCGAGACAGUUGACAUUAACUCGUCUACAAGGUCAGGCUCAGGCUCUGGAGAAGGUGAAACCGAGACCGUUGACAUUAACUCGUCUACAAGAACAGGCUCAGGCUCAGGAGAAGGUGAAACCGAGACAUUGGUCGAACCAUCGGAGACUAUAGAGUGGAGCACAUCGAUUGCUGGAGGCUCGUCUGAAUUCGUUUCGUCUACGAGGUCAGGAUCAGGCUCUGGAGAAGGUGAAACCGAGACAUUGGUCGAACCAUCCGAGACCGUUGACAUUAACUCGUCUACAAGGUCAGGCUCAGGUUCUGGAGAAGGUGAAACCGAGACCGUUGACAUUAACUCGUCUACAAGAACAGGCUCAGGCUCAGGAGAAGGUGAAACCGAGACCGUUGACAUUAACUCGUCUACAAGAACAGGCUCAGGCUCAGGAGAAGGUGAAACCGAGACCGUUGACAUUAACUCGUCUACAAGAACAGGCUCAGGCUCAGGAGAAGGUGAAACCGAGACAUUGGUCGAACCAUCCGAGACCGUUGACAUUAACUCGUCUACAAGAACAGGCUCAGGCUCAGGAGAAGGUGAAACCGAGACAUUGGUCGAACCAUCCGAGACCGUUGACAUUAACUCGUCUACAAGGUCAGGCUCAGGUUCUGGAGAAGGUGAAACCGAGACCGUUGACAUUAACUCGUCUACAAGGUCAGGCUCAGGCUCAGGAGAAGGUGAAACCGAGACCGUUGACAUUAACUCGUCUACAAGAACAGGCUCAGGCUCAGGAGAAGGUGAAACCGAGACCGUUGACAUUAACUCGUCUACAAGAACAGGCUCAGGCUCAGGAGAAGGUGAAACCGAGACAUUGGUCGAACCAUCCGAGACCGUUGACAUUAACUCGUCUACAAGGUCAGGCUCAGGCUCUGGAGAAGGUGAAACCGAGACCGUUGACAUUAACUCGUCUACAAGAACAGGCUCAGGCUCAGGAGAAGGUGAAACCGAGACAUUGGUCGAACCAUCCGAGACCGUUGACAUUAACUCGUCUACAAGGUCAGGCUCAGGCUCUGGAGAAGGUGAAACCGAGACCGUUGACAUUAACUCGUCUACAAGAACAGGCUCAGGCUCAGGAGAAGGUGAAACCGAGACAUUGGUCGAACCAUCCGAGACCGUUGACAUUAACUCGUCUACAAGGUCAGGCUCAGGCUCUGGAGAAGGUGAAACCGAGACCGUUGACAUUAACUCGUCUACAAGAACAGGCUCAGGCUCAGGAGAAGGUGAAACCGAGACAUUGGUCGAACCAUCCGAGACAGUUGACAUUAACUCGUCUACAAGGUCAGGCUCAGGCUCAGGAGAAGGUGAAACCGAGACAUUGGUCGAACCAUCCGAGACCGUUGACAUUAACUCGUCUACAAGGUCAGGCUCAGGCUCUGGAGAAGGUGAAACCGAGACCGUUGACAUUAACUCGUCUACAAGAACAGGCUCAGGCUCAGGAGAAGGUGAAACCGAGACAUUGGUCGAACCAUCCGAGACCGUUGACAUUAACUCGUCUACAAGGUCAGGCUCAGGCUCUGGAGAAGGUGAAACCGAGACCGUUGACAUUAACUCGUCUACAAGAACAGGCUCAGGCUCAGGAGAAGGUGAAACCGAGACAUUGGUCGAACCAUCGGAGACUAUAGAGUGGAGCACAUCGAUUGCUGGAGGCUCGUCUGAAUUCGUUUCGUCUACGAGGUCAGGAUCAGGCUCUGGAGAAGGUGAAACCGAGACAUUGGUCGAACCAUCCGAGACCGUUGACAUUAACUCGUCUACAAGGUCAGGCUCAGGUUCUGGAGAAGGUGAAACCGAGACCGUUGACAUUAACUCGUCUACAAGAACAGGCUCAGGCUCAGGAGAAGGUGAAACCGAGACCGUUGACAUUAACUCGUCUACAAGAACAGGCUCAGGCUCAGGAGAAGGUGAAACCGAGACCGUUGACAUUAACUCGUCUACAAGAACAGGCUCAGGCUCAGGAGAAGGUGAAACCGAGACCGUUGACAUUAACUCGUCUACAAGAACAGGCUCAGGCUCAGGCGAAGGUGAAACCGAGACCGUUGACAUUAACUCGUCUACAAGAACAGGCUCAGGCUCAGGAGAAGGUGAAACCGAGACCGUUGACAUUAACUCGUCUACAAGAACAGGCUCAGGCUCUGGAGAAGGUGAAACCGAGACAUUGGUCGAACCAUCGGAGACUAUAGAGUGGAGCACAUCGAUUGCUGGGGGCUCGUCUGAAUUCGUUUCGUCUACGAGGUCAGGAUCAGGCUCUGGAGAAGGUGAAACCGAGACAUUGGUCGAACCAUCCGAGACCGUUGACAUUAACUCGUCUACAAGAACAGGCUCAGGCUCAGGAGAAGGUGAAACCGAGACCGUUGACAUUAACUCGUCUACAAGAACAGGCUCAGGCUCUGGAGAAGGUGAAACCGAGACAUUGGUCGAACCAUCCGAGACCGUUGACAUUAACUCGUCUACAAGGUCAGGCUCAGGCUCUGGAGAAGGUGAAACCGAGACCGUUGACAUUAACUCGUCUACAAGAACAGGCUCAGGCUCAGGCCAAGGUGAAACCGAGACCGUUGACAUUAACUCGUCUACAAGAACAGGCUCAGGCUCAGGAGAAGGUGAAACCGAGACCGUUGACAUUAACUCGUCUACAAGGUCAGGCUCAGGCUCUGGAGAAGGUGAAACCGAGACCGUUGACAUUAACUCGUCUACAAGAACAGGCUCAGGCUCAGGCGAAGGUGAAACCGAGACCGUUGACAUUAACUCGUCUACAAGAACAGGCUCAGGCUCAGGAGAAGGUGAAACCGAGACCGUUGACAUUAACUCGUCUACAAGAACAGGCUCAGGCUCUGGAGAAGGUGAAACCGAGACAUUGGUCGAACCAUCCGAGACCGUUGACAUUAACUCGUCUACAAGGUCAGGCUCAGGCUCUGGAGAAGGUGAAACCGAGACCGUUGACAUUAACUCGUCUACAAGAACAGGCUCAGGCUCAGGCCAAGGUGAAACCGAGACCGUUGACAUUAACUCGUCUACAAGAACAGGCUCAGGCUCAGGAGAAGGUGAAACCGAGACAUUGGUCGAACCAUCGGAGACUAUAGAGUGGAGCACAUCGAUUGCUGGGGGCUCGUCUGAAUUCGUUUCGUCUACGAGGUCAGGAUCAGGCUCUGGAGAAGGUGAAACCGAGACAUUGGUCGAACCAUCCGAGACCGUUGACAUUAACUCGUCUACAAGGUCAGGCUCAGGCUCUGGAGAAGGUGAAACCGAGACAUUGGUCGAACCAUCCGAGACCGUUGACAUUAACUCGUCUACAAGAACAGGCUCAGGCUCAGGAGAAGGUGAAACCGAGACAUUGGUCGAACCAUCCGAGACCGUUGACAUUAACUCGUCUACAAGGUCAGGCUCAGGCUCUGGAGAAGGUGAAACCGAGACCGUUGACAUUAACUCGUCUACAAGAACAGGCUCAGGUUCUGGAGAAGGUGAAACCGAGACCGUUGACAUUAACUCGUCUACGAGGUCAGGAUCAGGCUCUGGAGAAGGUGAAACCGAGACAUUGGUCGAACCAUCCGAGACAGUUGACAUUAACUCGUCUACAAGGUCAGGCUCAGGCUCUGGAGAAGGUGAAACCGAGACCGUUGACAUUAACUCGUCUACAAGAACAGGCUCAGGCUCAGGAGAAGGUGAAACCGAGACAUUGGUCGAACCAUCGGAGACUAUAGAGUGGAGCACAUCGAUUGCUGGAGGCUCGUCUGAAUUCGUUUCGUCUACGAGGUCAGGAUCAGGCUCUGGAGAAGGUGAAACCGAGACAUUGGUCGAACCAUCCGAGACCGUUGACAUUAACUCGUCUACAAGGUCAGGCUCAGGUUCUGGAGAAGGUGAAACCGAGACCGUUGACAUUAACUCGUCUACAAGAACAGGCUCAGGCUCAGGAGAAGGUGAAACCGAGACCGUUGACAUUAACUCGUCUACAAGAACAGGCUCAGGCUCAGGAGAAGGUGAAACCGAGACCGUUGACAUUAACUCGUCUACAAGAACAGGCUCAGGCUCAGGAGAAGGUGAAACCGAGACAUUGGUCGAACCAUCCGAGACCGUUGACAUUAACUCGUCUACAAGAACAGGCUCAGGCUCAGGAGAAGGUGAAACCGAGACAUUGGUCGAACCAUCCGAGACCGUUGACAUUAACUCGUCUACAAGGUCAGGCUCAGGUUCUGGAGAAGGUGAAACCGAGACCGUUGACAUUAACUCGUCUACAAGGUCAGGCUCAGGCUCAGGAGAAGGUGAAACCGAGACCGUUGACAUUAACUCGUCUACAAGAACAGGCUCAGGCUCAGGAGAAGGUGAAACCGAGACCGUUGACAUUAACUCGUCUACAAGAACAGGCUCAGGCUCAGGAGAAGGUGAAACCGAGACAUUGGUCGAACCAUCCGAGACCGUUGACAUUAACUCGUCUACAAGGUCAGGCUCAGGCUCUGGAGAAGGUGAAACCGAGACCGUUGACAUUAACUCGUCUACAAGAACAGGCUCAGGCUCAGGAGAAGGUGAAACCGAGACAUUGGUCGAACCAUCCGAGACCGUUGACAUUAACUCGUCUACAAGGUCAGGCUCAGGCUCUGGAGAAGGUGAAACCGAGACCGUUGACAUUAACUCGUCUACAAGAACAGGCUCAGGCUCAGGAGAAGGUGAAACCGAGACAUUGGUCGAACCAUCCGAGACCGUUGACAUUAACUCGUCUACAAGGUCAGGCUCAGGCUCUGGAGAAGGUGAAACCGAGACCGUUGACAUUAACUCGUCUACAAGAACAGGCUCAGGCUCAGGAGAAGGUGAAACCGAGACAUUGGUCGAACCAUCCGAGACCGUUGACAUUAACUCGUCUACAAGGUCAGGCUCAGGCUCUGGAGAAGGUGAAACCGAGACCGUUGACAUUAACUCGUCUACAAGAACAGGCUCAGGCUCAGGAGAAGGUGAAACCGAGACAUUGGUCGAACCAUCCGAGACCGUUGACAUUAACUCGUCUACAAGAACAGGCUCAGGUUCUGGAGAAGGUGAAACCGAGACCGUUGACAUUAACUCGUCUACAAGAACAGGCUCAGGCUCAGGCCAAGGUGAAACCGAGACCGUUGACAUUAACUCGUCUACAAGGUCAGGCUCAGGCUCAGGAGAAGGUGAAACCGAGACCGUUGACAUUAACUCGUCUACAAGAACAGGCUCAGGCUCAGGAGAAGGUGAAACCGAGACAUUGGUCGAACCAUCCGAGACCGUUGACAUUAACUCGUCUACAAGGUCAGGCUCAGGCUCAGGAGAAGGUGAAACCGAGACAUUGGUCGAACCAUCCGAGACCGUUGACAUUAACUCGUCUACAAGGUCAGGCUCAGGCUCUGGAGAAGGUGAAACCGAGACCGUUGACAUUAACUCGUCUACAAGAACAGGCUCAGGCUCAGGAGAAGGUGAAACCGAGACAUUGGUCGAACCAUCCGAGACCGUUGACAUUAACUCGUCUACAAGAACAGGCUCAGGCUCAGGAGAAGGUGAAACCGAGACCGUUGACAUUAACUCGUCUACAAGAACAGGCUCAGGCUCUGGAGAAGGUGAAACCGAGACAUUGGUCGAACCAUCGGAGACUAUAGAGUGGAGCACAUCGAUUGCUGGGGGCUCGUCUGAAUUCGUUUCGUCUACGAGGUCAGGAUCAGGCUCUGGAGAAGGUGAAACCGAGACAUUGGUCGAACCAUCCGAGACCGUUGACAUUAACUCGUCUACAAGGUCAGGCUCAGGCUCUGGAGAAGGUGAAACCGAGACCGUUGACAUUAACUCGUCUACAAGAACAGGCUCAGGCUCAGGAGAAGGUGAAACCGAGACAUUGGUCGAACCAUCCGAGACCGUUGACAUUAACUCGUCUACAAGAACAGGCUCAGGCUCAGGAGAAGGUGAAACCGAGACCGUUGACAUUAACUCGUCUACAAGAACAGGCUCAGGCUCAGGAGAAGGUGAAACCGAGACCGUUGACAUUAACUCGUCUACAAGAACAGGCUCAGGCUCAGGAGAAGGUGAAACCGAGACAUUGGUCGAACCAUCGGAGACUAUAGAGUGGAGCACAUCGAUUGCUGGAGGCUCGUCUGAAUUCGUUUCGUCUACGAGGUCAGGAUCAGGCUCAGGAGAAGGUGAAACCGAGACAUUGGUCGAACCAUCCGAGACCGUUGACAUUAACUCGUCUACAAGAACAGGCUCAGGCUCUGGAGAAGGUGAAACCGAGACCGUUGACAUUAACUCGUCUACAAGAACAGGCUCAGGCUCAGGAGAAGGUGAAACCGAGACAUUGGUCGAACCAUCCGAGACCGUUGACAUUAACUCGUCUACAAGGUCAGGCUCAGGCUCAGGAGAAGGUGAAACCGAGACCGUUGACAUUAACUCGUCUACAAGAACAGGCUCAGGCUCAGAAGAAGGUCAAACCGAGACAUUGGUCGAGCCAUCCGAGACCGUUGACAUUAACUCGUCUACAAGGUCAGGCUCAGGCUCUGGAGAAGGUGAAACCGAGACCGUUGGCAUUAACUCGUCUACAAGAACAGGCUCAGGCUCAGGAGAAGGUGAAACCGAGACAUUGGUCGAACCAUCCGAGACCGUUGACAUUAACUCGUCUACAAGGUCAGGCUCAGGUUCUGGAGAAGGUGAAACCGAGACCGUUGACAUUAACUCGUCUACAAGAACAGGCUCAGGCUCAGGAGAAGUUGCAACCGAGACAUUGGUCGAACCAUCCCAGACUAUAGAGUGGAGCACAUCGAUUGCUGGAGUGUCGUCUGAUUUUGUUUCGUCUACGACGUCAGGCUCAGGAGAAGGUGCAACCGAGACUGUUGACAUUAACUCGUCUACAAGAACAGGCUCAGGCUCUGGAGAUGGUGAAACCGAGACCGUUGACAUUAACUCGUCUACAAGAACAGGCUCAGGCUCAGGAGAAGUUGCAACCGAGACAUUGGUCGAACCAUCGGAGACUAUAGAGUGGAGCACAUCGAUUGCUGGAGUGUCGUCUGAAUUCGUUUCGUCUACGAGGUCAGGAUCAGGCUCUGGAGAAGGUGAAACCGAGACCGUUGACAUUAACUCGUCUACAAGGUCAGGCUCAGGCUCUGGAGAAGGUGAAACCGAGACCGUUGACAUUAACUCGUCUACAAGAACAGGCUCAGGCUCUGGAGAAGUUGCAACCGAGACAUUGGUCGAACCAUCCCAGACUAUAGAGUGGAGCACAUCGAUUGCUGGAGUGUCGUCUGAAUUCCUUUCGUCUACGAGGUCAGGAUCAGGCUCUGGAGAAGGUGAAACCGAGACCGUUGACAUUAACUCGUCUACAAGAACAGGCUCAGGCUCAGGAGAAGGUGAAACCGAGACCGUUGACAUUAACUCGUCUACAAGAACAGGCUCAGGCUCAGGAGAAGGUGAAACCGAGACCGUUGACAUUAACUCGUCUACAAGAACAGGCUCAGGCUCAGGAGAAGGUGAAACCGAGACAUUGGUCGAACCAUCCCAGACUAUAGAGUGGAGCACAUCGAUUGCUGGAGUGUCGUCUGAAUUCCUUUCGUCUACGAGGUCAGGAUCAGGCUCUGGAGAAGGUGAAACCGAGACCGUUGACAUUAACUCGUCUACAAGAACAGGCUCAGGCUCAGGAGAUGGUGAAACCGAGACAUUGGUCGAACCAUCCCAGACUAUAGAGUGGAGCACAUCGAUUGCUGGAGUGUCGUCUGAUUUCGUUUCGUCUACGACGUCAGGAUCAGGAGAAGGUGCAACCGAGCCCGUUGACAUUAACUCGUCUACAAGAACAGGCUCAGGCUCAGGAGAAGGUGAAACCGAGACCGUUGACAUUAACUCGUCUACAAGAACAGGCUCAGGCUCAGGAGAUGGUGAAACCGAGACCGUUGACAUUAACUCGUCUACAAGAACAGGCUCAGGCUCAGGAGAAGGUGAAACCGAGACCGUUGACAUUAACUCGUCUACAAGAACAGGCUCAGGCUCUGGAGAAGUUGCAACCGAGACAUUGGUCGAACCAUCCCAGACUAUAGAGUGGAGCACAUCGAUUGCUGGAGUGUCGUCUGAAUUCCUUUCGUCUACGAGGUCAGGAUCAGGCUCUGGAGAAGGUGAAACCGAGACCGUUGACAUUAACUCGUCUACAAGGUCAAGCUCAGGCUCAGGAGAAGGUGAAACCGAGCCCGUUGACAUUAACUCGUCUACAAGAACAGGCUCAGGCUCAGGAGAAGUUGCAACCGAGACAUUGGUCGAACCAUCCCAGACUAUAGAGUGGAGCACAUCGAUUGCUGGAGUGUCGUCUGAUUUCGUUUCGUCUACGACGUCAGGAUCAGGAGAAGGUGCAACCGAGCCCGUUGACAUUAACUCGUCUACAAGAACAGGCUCAGGCUCUGGAGAAGGUGAAACCGAGACCGUUGACAUUAACUCGUCUACAAGAACAGGCUCAGGCUCUGGAGAAGUUGCAACCGAGACAUUUGUCGAACCAUCCCAGACUAUAGAGUGGAGCACAUCGAUUGCUGGAGUGUCGUCUGAUUUCGUUUCGUCUACGACGUCAGGAUCAGGAGAAGGUGCAACCGAGCCCGUUGACAUUAACUCGUCUACAAGAACAGGCUCAGGCUCAGGAGAAGUUGCAACCGAGACAUUGGUCGAACCAUCGGAGACUAUAGAGUGGAGCACAUCGAUUGCUGGAGGCUCGUCUGAAUUCGUUUCGUCUACGAGGUCAGGAUCAGGCUCUGGAGAAGGUGAAACCGAGACCGUUGACAUUAACUCGUCUACAAGAACAGGCUCAGGCUCUGGAGAAGGUGAAACCGAGACCGUUGACAUUAACUCGUCUACAAGAACAGGCUCAGGCUCAGGAGAAGGUGAAACCGAGACCGUUGACAUUAACUCGUCUACAAGAACAGGCUCAGGCUCAGGAGAAGUUGCAACCGAGACAUUGGUCGAACCAUCCCAGACUAUAGAGUGGAGCACAUCGAUUGCUGGAGUGUCGUCUGAAUUCGUUUCGUCUACGACGUCAGGCUCAGGAGAAGGUGAAACAGAGUCACCCGUUGUCCGUUCAGAGACCGUUGAACGAGUUAGCUCUGUAGGAUCGGCUCAAGACGAGUCUAGUUGGCUGGUUCCUUCGUCAAGUGUAGGUGUUCCACCGUCAUUUACAGGAACAGGUACCACCACUACGGAGUCAACUACUGGGGAACCAUGGUCCAGCGCAGUCCAAACAGAAUCAAUAGUUGUGUCUUCCACGUUGGUUUCCUCGAGUGCCGCUUUGGAGAGCUCUACACAAGUGUCACUGGAAGUGAGACUGACCUCAGUCGCCGCGGGGGCUUCGACUUAUACAUCCACGAACCAAGAUGUAAAUGAGACAGAGUUGCAGUCAUCUGAUGAUGCACUCUUAUCCACAGAACCUGCCGAGGCCACUACUCUGGACUUUGUCAGCUUCACUAGUCUCAGUACUUUGGAUUCGUCGACUUUGACUUCAGAAACUGAUUCGCAAAAUGAAAGCGUUGACUCCAACGCAGUUGAUACAUGGUCCUCACAGUCGUCAAGAAACUCUGAUUUCAGUGGAGAGACGAGUGUAGGGUCAGCUACUUCAGGUUUGAAUCCGUCAUAUCCAACAUCAGUCGAUACCUCAGCAGUAAUGCUGACAUACUCCCCUCUUGCAUCGUCAUCCUCAGGCGUUAGUGAGAACGAACCAUCUUUGGGAUCUGAGACUGCAACUUCAAAUGACUCGUCCAAGACGCUCCCAUCUUCGGUAGCAGGUGCCGUGACCACGUAUUCUGAACCCACUGCCACUUCGCUGUUUACUAUUUCUACAAACGAUAUUGAUGAAGAAACAGUCAAAAUACCACCUGAGUCGACCAUUUUCCAAUCGACAUCCUCACUUGUGAGCGAUCAAAGCACUCAAAGCUCGGCACUGGUAUCUGAGGAAAUUGACAGUAACAUUGCGUUUUCCUCGCUGACCACCGCCAAUGGUGUCAGCUCCGGCGCAUCAUCAUCAGAGACGCCUGCCGGUUCCGCCGCAGUAACGAGCUCCAUUCAAUUUGCAUCCAGUUUAUCUUCCACAAUGACGAGGAAGGAUUCUUCAAGCGAUGGAUUUGAACGCAGUAGCACACAAAUUGUCGAUGAUGUGAGUGCGCAAAGCAGCGGUCACUUGUCAAUGACCUCGAUACCCUCGGUUAUCACAACCACUGUGUGUAAUAACAGCGGCUGCUAUACAACCGCUCUCACCAUGAGUACUUUGAGAACUACUGACGUUGAAAUGAAUACUCAGCCGAUUGAGAAUAAUGAAGCAAUUAAUAGCCGAACAACAGGAGUAUCUUUGGAGUCUGCUAUCCCAAGUGGCACGCUCUACCCACCGAAUGAAGCUUUGCUGUCAAGCAUUGCUCCAAUCAAUGACCAAAUUGACACCAGUUACAUUAAUGCAUCAGGAGCUACGGGACUGUCUCCGGCAAUUACUGAAACAUACGCGGGAUCAGCUACAACGAUUCACGUGGGAAAGUUUUUCGCAUUAUUGCUUUCAUCAUUGAUGAUCUUGCUUUGA